UCGCCAAAAUGGCGAUCACAGCCGGAGCUGGAGUGGACCUCGGCCUCUCCCGCUCCCCGUUCCUCCCUCGCUUCAAGAAGAUGCCUCCCAAUCGAAGCCCCUUUAUUUCCAGAAUUGCGCGGAGAGCGAAACCCCCCUUGGCGGCGAUGGGGGCCGCCGACCUUCUCGCCGAGGUUGCACGCUAUGUAGACCCUUUGUUGGGCGUGGGCGUUGGUCUUCCCUGCACGGUCAUGGAGUGCGGCGAUAUCAUUUACCGGAGUACUCUCCCAAGGCAGAGCGGCCUCACCAUCACGGCUCCCGGUGUUGCCCUAGCUCUGGCUGCUGCCUCUUAUCUCUGGGCUACCCCCGGAGUCGCACCGGGCUUCUUCGAUAUGUUCUUUCUCGCCUUUGUUGAGCGCCUAUUUCGUCCCUCGUAUCGCAAGGAUGACUUUGUCUUGGGAAAGAAGCUUGGAGAGGGAGCCUUCGGUGUUGUAUACAGGGCCUCCAUUGCCAAAUCCAAGCCUUCUGCCCCUAAGCUAAUGAAACAGGGUGAUUUGGUUCUCAAAAAGGCCACGGAGUAUGGUGCCGUGGAGAUUUGGAUGAAUGAACGGGUGAGGAGGGCUUGCGCCAGUAGCUGUGCCGACUUUGUGUAUGGCUUCCAAGAGAGCUCC